AUGAGAGUUGGGUUAGCAGUUGCACUGCUCAUAGUCAUGACCAUAGCAGCUCUAACCAUAGUCACAGCACAGCAAGAGGACCAGCAACCACCUCCACCAAUGUUACCUGUGGAGGAAGUAGGAAUGUGCAGCAGAACAUUCUUUUCAGCUCUGGUUCAGCUGAUACCGUGUAGACCAGCAGUGGCUCCUUUCAGCCCAAUCCCACCAACGGAGUCGUGUUGCGCUGCGGUUGUCACACUUGGUCGUCCUUGUCUUUGCCUCCUUGCCAAUGGACCUCCACUCUCAGGCAUUGACCGAUCCAUGGCUCUUCAGCUUCCUCAGAGAUGCUUUGCUAAUUUCCCUCCAUGCGAUGUCAUUAACUAGGAGUCGUUUCCUAUCAUCUUCUUCUUCUUUAGUGUCUUAUGUCUCAAGACUUGCAAAACAUUAAUAAAGAUACGAGAAUGAGUUUGUGUUGAUUAUAGUAAUUUAUUUAUAAGAGACCCAAGAGUUUAGUUGUCAUUUUAUUCGAGAGAGCAGAGAAUAAUAACUUUUAGUAUAGUUUUCCGAUCCAAACAUCAAAAUACAUAAUUAGCGAUGCCUCGACAUACUUGCUCACGCCUCAAGUUUCUACCAUCUCCUUCAUUCUCGGCAUCAUACAGUUUCUUGAACUGCUUACACUCUAUCCCUUAAAAUCAACUUGGGUCAAGAAGAUGAAUAAAGAAGCACCGAGACUAAAGAGCACACAAACAGCUGGAAAUAUAUUCUCAGGUACUAGGACAUAUCUUAGAGUUGUGCUAUGAGUUGGAAGACAUAAGCCACAAGGUUAACUGAGAGAGAAGAUACUACUGCCUACUGGGAAGCCUCAAGUGAAGGAGAGGACACAUCAGUGAUUGGAAUAAAUCAUGAGUUAGAAUUGAAAACAGGAAAGGAAGUCAUUGCUCCAAGUGAGCAAAGAAGGAAGCACCUUUGAAUAGAACCGUCUCUAUAUAUGUGUUGCAGCAGUACAAUAAAGCCUAUAAUCUGGGGUAAUAAAAUUCAGAUUCUUCCAUGAGAGUGGAUGGAGAACUUUCGUACAAGUCAAGCUGGGGAAUGUAAAGAAAAAUGGACAAGAGGGGUUUCUGCAAAUAAGAACAAACCCACCAUCUCCCCCCAACAAAAACCCUU